UGAAAUAUUGAUGUAUCAGCAAUACACAUUUAAAAUUAGUUUUUUUGUGGAGCCUCGUACAUAUCAAGUUCUCUGCUCUGUCUUUUGAUCACUCAUUCAAGCUUCAUUCAUCUACGCCAGUACUCAAGAUGUCUGUCACUCCAGAGUCAACAAGAACUAUUUCUUUGACCUCCCAAGAAAACAAUGGCGGUAUCGCCCCAGGGCCCACCCCUAAGAAUGAAUUCAAGAGGCCACCCCCAAAGAGUACUUUCAUGAGCCCCACUGAUGUGAUGGUGUCACCGUGUACCGAGAAACUCAUGCAGUCUCGAAGAUUACCCCACAGACCAUGGCUAAAAAACUCAAGACCCAAGCUCCCAUUUCAGUCAAAGCUAGCGGACAAGGAGAAUGUUCACAAGGCUCCGGAGAAGCAAUAAGCAAUACAAAUGAACAAAUGAAAAUAACUCAAACUCUGAUUGACUGUUCCAUAAUUAUGUGUGUAUAUGUGUUCAGUACAUUUGUGUAUUUACUGGAUUUCAUUUUUUUGAAACUGCUUUAACAGUAGUAAUUACAAUCAUGUUAACAAUAA